AAUGCUUUCAUUCAGUGUCAUGACUCCAUACUACAGUGAGGAAACUGUCUACUCAAAGGGUGAUCUUGAGAUGGAAAAUGAAGACGGUGUAUCAAUCAUUUACUACCUCCAAAAAAUUUAUCCAGAUGAAUGGAAUAACUUCAUGGAACGUCUUGGGUGUAAAAAGGAAUCAGAGGUGUGGGAAAAUGAUGAAAACAUCUUGCAGCUACGUCAUUGGGCCUCCUUAAGGGGACAGACUCUCUGCAGAACAGUUAGAGGAAUGAUGUACUACAGGAGAGCUUUGAAGCUUCAAGCAUUUCUCGACAUGGCUUCAGAAGGAGAGAUUCUUGAAGGAUACAAAGCUGUUACAGUACCAUCUGAGGAGGAUAAGAAAAGUCAAAGAUCAUUGUAUGCUCAAUUAGAAGCUGUGGCUGACAUGAAAUUCACUUAUGUCGCUACCUGCCAGAAUUAUGGAAAUCAGAAGCGAAAUGGAGACCGGCGUGCAACUGAUAUUCUGAACUUGAUGGUCAACAACCCCUCUCUCCGUGUAGCAUAUAUUGAUGAAGUCGAAGAACGGGAAGGUGGAAAAGCUCAGAAGGUUUACUAUUCAGUGUUGGUGAAAGCAGUUGAUAAUCUUGAUCAG